GUUCUAUCAAUAUUUUUAGUCAUUCAUUUUGUUCUUUUUUAUUUGGAAUGAUUUCAGUGGACGGUUUUGAGUUAUCUGAAAAUAAUAAAAAUUAUGAAGAAGUUUCAUCAACGUCAUCCAAUGAAAAAGAACCGACAAACUGGCGUCUAAUCAUUGUGACGGGAAUUGUAUCAUGUUUGAUCUCUGUUGAGAAUUCGGUUCUUGGAAUGGGAGAAUGGCCUUAUAUGAAAGAAAUUGAUAAUGAUGCAAAUGCUCAGUUUUUUGGAGUUACUCAAUCUGCUUCUAAAUGCGCUCAUGCAGUGUUUGCACUUGUUUUCUCAAUAUGGAGCUUUAAAGCAAGAUCUGUCAAAUACCCAAUGAUAGUGAGCCGUUUUAUUGCCAUAUUUGCCUGUACAAUUUAUUUAAGCGUUGAGUAUGUUCCCACAGGAAAGAGAUACGCUCUUAUGUGUGUUUAUAUUUUAAUUGGAGUUUCAAACAGUGCUUGUACAAUUCUCCGAGGAUAUCUUGUAAUGUGUUCAUCAUCUGAGGAUCGGCCACGUGCAUUUGCUGUUAUUGGUCUUUCGGUCAUUGUGUCCUUAAUAGUUGGCCCAGUUCUUCAGUUGAUCUUCAGUGGGAUUGCCUACCCUGGUUAUGAAGUAUUUCCUGGAAUUCGGUUCCACGUAUAUUCCUCUCCAAUUUGGGUUGCAUUAAUACUAACAGUUGUUACAACAAUAAUAAUUUGGAUGUACAUGACAGAUGUUCAUCGAAAUUCAUCUCAAAAUGUGGACAUUCAAGAAUUUAUUUCAUUGAAUCAGCUGAGAAAACAUUAUGAAACAUUGAAAAAUAGUAACUUGAAAUGGAAACUUGUAGCGGUAUGCCUAACUGUUAAGAUUUCAUCCACAUUUUUGAGUGCUAUUCUUGGAUCAAUUAUGUCAAUACUUUUUAUGGUUCAAUACGGGUGGACUGGAACAGAAACUGUUCGUUUUGGUUCAACUAUGAUGAUAGCUUUUGGAUUUCUGGCAUGCUCAAUACUUCUACUCUACAUUUUCUGCCGUUUAGGACAAGUAAUACCACAAGAAUACGUAUUCUUGGCAUGCACAAUUGCUGCAGGGUCUUACUUCAUCGUCACUUAUCCAUUCUCGUUUAAUAGUCAACCACUUGCUCCCUAUAAUUCAUCAACACACGCUGGAUGUAAUCCAAAUGAAUAUACAUGGUGUGAUACGGCAUUGGCUGUGGAUCCAUGGGUUUUCAUGAUUACUACAGUUAUUGUAUUUGCUCCAUCUUUACCAAUGAUGGGCACAUCUUUGGAUACUGUGUAUUCAAGAGUUCUUGGUGAUAUUGAUCAAAACAUUGCACACGGGUUUAUGACUAUUGUCGAUGAUGUCAUUUUCAUGAUUACUCCAAUUUUAACAACAUCAAUAUUCGCAAUUUUUGGAGUAGGUCCUUUAUGGAUUAUGAAAGCUGUUCUGUUUCUUUCAAUGGGUGCUCUCUGGGCGUUUAAUUUGAAAGAAUUGAGUAAAGUGGAGUAGAACCAUAUAUUCUUGUUGUUUUUUAAGAAAUCACAUUCAAAUAAAUAUGUGUAGCAAUGAACUUGAAGAAGCAAUUUUACGUUUUUGGAUCUGACAAACUUUUGCAUCUUUCAAUAAUAAAAUACUGUUCAUAAAAAAGCAUCAAA